CGACCGCAUCUUGGCGCCCGAUUCGGCUCGCCAUGUCAUCAUCCGCCCUUCGUGCGCGCGACAUCCUCCGCCCGAUCCUCCUCCUUAAAUCGCGCCUUCCCUCUCCUUCCACCCCCCCGCGCCGCCCCCGCCUCCUCUCCUCUUCCCCUCCUCGCGACCGAAACCCUAAUCGCCGCCCCCUCUCCGCCGCCAUGGGCUCCGUCUCCGCCGCCGCGGAGGCGCUCCCGCCGCUCCGAUACCCCGCCGUUCGCCGUGACGACUCCGUCGUCGACGACUACCACGGCGUCCGCGUCGCGGACCCCUACCGAUGGUUGGAGGAUCCGGACGCGGAGGAGGUGAAGGAGUUCGUGGAGAAGGAGGCGGCGCUCACGGACUCCGUGCUGGCGCAGUGCGGGGAGAGGGAGAAUCUCCGGAGGCAGAUCACGACGUUGUUCGAUCACCCGCGAUACGACACCCCCUUCAAGCGCGGGGGCAAGUACUUCUAUUUUUACAACUCCGGUCUCCAAGCCCAGAGCGUUCUUUAUGUCCAGAAUGAUUUGGAAGGCGAAGCGGAAGUUCUUUUGGAUCCAAACAGCCUCAGCGAGGACGGGACGGUGGCUCUCGCUAUUUUAUCUAUAAGCAAGGAUGGCAAGUAUCUUGCUUAUGGGCUUAGCGCGAGCGGUAGUGAUUGGGUUACAAUCAAAGUGAUGAGCAUUGAGGAUAAGCAGCCUUUACCCGACACAUUAUCCUGGGUAAAGUUCUCAACAAUCAGCUGGACCCAUGACGGGAAGGGGUUCUUUUAUGGUAGAUAUCCAGCUCCCAAGGAAGGCACUGAUGUGGAUGCUGGGACAGAGACAAAUAUCAAUUUGAAUCACGAACUGUACUACCAUUUCUUAGGUACUGAUCAGUCGGAGGAUAUAUUGUGUUGGAAAGACCCUGAGCACCCUAAGUAUAUGUUUACUGCCUCUGUAACUAAAGAUGGCAAGUAUGCUCUUUUAUCUAUUGAAGAAAGUUGUGACCCUGUGAAUAAACUAUAUUACUGCGACUUGUCUUCUCUUCCUCAUGGUCUGGAAGGCUUCAAAGGGACCAAUGAACUGCUUCCUUUCGUCAAGCUUAUCGACAAUUUUGAAGCAAGUUAUCAAGAAGUGGCAAAUGAUGAUACUGAAUUCACAUUUCUAACUAACAAAGGAGCUCCAAAAUACAAGCUAGUAAGAGUAGACCUUAAGAACCCGGAGUUGUGGACUGAAGUUGUUCCAGAAAAUGAAAAAGACGUGCUAGAGUCAGUUUAUGCAGUUAAUAAUAGCCAGCUGUUACUGAGUUAUUUGUCAGAUGUCAAGUAUGCCCUGCAGAUAAGGGAUUUGAAGACAGGAAAGUUGCUUCAUCAUUUACCUAUAGACAUUGGCAGUGUAUCUGGGAUUUCUGGUAGAAGAGAAGAUAGUGAGGUUUUCAUUGGCUUCACUAGCUUCCUUACACCAGGCAUUAUCUAUAGAUGCAACUUAGCAGCAGAAGUCCCAGAAAUGAAGAUCUUCCGAGAAAUAUCUGUUCCUGGAUUUGAUCGCACUAGUUUUGAGGUUAAACAGGCUUUUGUCCCUAGUAAGGAUGGAACCAAGAUCCCCAUGUUCAUCGUGUCCAAGAGGAAUAUUGAACUUGAUGGAUCACAUCCAACUUUGUUAUAUGGCUAUGGAGGAUUUAACAUAAGUCUUACCCCUUCUUUUAGUGUAAGUCGUAUUGUUCUAGCAAAGAACUUGGGCUUUGUCUUCUGUAUAGCAAAUAUCCGAGGUGGUGGCGAAUAUGGGGAAGAAUGGCACAAAGCUGGAUCCCUUGCAAAGAAACAGAACUGCUUUGAUGACUUUAUUGCUGCUGCUGAAUUCCUUAUUUCUGCUGGUUACACCACCUCUGAACGAUUAUGUAUUGAAGGCGGAAGCAACGGAGGGCUUCUAAUUGCUGCUUGCAUAAAUCAGCGACCAGAUCUUUUUGGGUGUGCUCUUGCUCACGUGGGUGUUAUGGACAUGCUUCGCUUUCACAAAUUCACCAUAGGUCAUGCAUGGACUUCGGACUAUGGUUGCUCAGAUAAUGAGGAAGAAUUCCACUGGCUCAUUAAGUACUCUCCUCUGCACAAUGUAAAAAGACCAUGGGAGAAAACUGGCAAUCCAAAUAGCCAGUACCCAUCUACAAUGCUGUUGACAGCUGAUCAUGAUGAUAGAGUUGUGCCAUUGCACUCGUUGAAGUUACUAGCAACUAUGCAAUAUGUCCUCUGCACAAGCGUGGAGGACAGCCCACAGACCAACCCAAUCAUUGCUCGGAUUGAGCGGAAGUCUGGACAUGGAUCUGGCCGCCCUACUCAGAAAAUGAUUGAUGAAGCUGCUGAUCGUUAUAGCUUUGCGGCAAAGAUGUUGGGGGUUUCGUGGAUCGAUUGAGAUUACCAGAUAACUUUUAUUAGAUGAAGGGGGGAAGAUGAAGAAUAGUAUUGAAUUGGCUCAAAAAGAAUAAGGAAUGGUUGAGUUCUAUGUAUGCGAAAUGGGUUGAGAAUAUUUGUUUAAAAGUGCAUGUCUAAAAAACUUGACAUAGAUGUGUUUUGUUUCUGUUAUAAUUUCUGAUGUUCCAAUAACUUUGUGGUGUCUGACACAGAUUCAUUGUACAGCCCAACUGAAGAAAUUCAACACGGAAGGGGGGCAAAAGGAUUUCUUUUCAAUUGCUUGUGAUUGUGAGAUGUGAACAAAUGUCGAUACUUACCAAUCAGCAAUUGUAUUUGACAGAAUCAAAUACAGUUAUAUAAAUGCUCGCUCAUUAGAUUCUGCAAA